AAUAAUUAGUAAGAAGAACUCACAGAAUUGGCAAAGGUUCGUACUUCUGAACAAGUAUUUUGGUCCACGAGGUCGUUAAAAUUUACUCUUUAACAAUUUUUUCUAUCAAAUUAAAUAAACGUUAACACCAUCAUUAUGUGAGUCAUCCACGUGAACUUUUGGUUUCACUACAAAUUUCGUAUUCUACAGUAAUAAACAAAUGUAUUCACAAGUCAUAAAAUUUUGCGCCAUGCGUAAAGUAUUGUCACACUAGAGUAUGUCACACAGGUUCUGUUCUAUUUUUUAUUAACGAAACGUGACAUUUUACAGGUAUUUGUCAUUAGUUAAUUGGGAGAAGUGUCCCAUUAUAAUACUCUGCUUUUAUGCGGGAACUGCUCUCCUGAAGUGAAUACUUCCGCAAACCGUGACAACAACUGAUAGAUAUUUCUUCUGAGGCGGAAAGAGUUCUAUUAAUAUCCUUCUGAGAAAUAGCGGAAGUCAACGGGCACUUUGCAUGAGCAACGGAAAGUGAAACAAUCUUGCCGUUGAAAGCUAUUACAGAUCUUAGCCUCUCUUAAUCUUAAAAAUUCGCGAUAUGUAAUGGUAUUUCUUUCACAUUUACGAUAUCAGGUCAAGAAUGUUUACCUAAUGUUAUCUUUCCAGCUGCUCUUGCGGAAGAAAAUUCGAUGCGGACGAUGAAUGACUCGACGAACGAAACUGCCGACACAGAAGCGUGCAUAUUCGAGUUAAGUUUUCGGAUUCCCAUAUCCAUUCUGUUUGUUGCGACAUUUUUGCUGUCUUUAUCCGAGAAUGUUUUGGUGACCAUCGUGAUUAGCAUCGACAAAAAAUUACGCAGACCUUCAAACGGCUAUCUUUUGAGUUUGGCGUUGACAGACAUUAGUAUCUCAAUCGGAUUGAUACCACUAGAGAUGACAUAUGUAUGGUCGUACCCAAAGUGGCCACUUGGCUCCACAGGAACAAAUUUUCUUAACUCUGUAUGGCUAUUCUCAAUAGCAGGUUCUUUCAUCACCCUGCUAGUUAUCACAGUAGACCGCUACAGAGCAGUGAUGUCCGUGGUACGAUACAGGGAUAUUGCUUCAUGGCGGAGAACAUUUGUGAUCGUUGGAUUAGUCUGGAUCUACGAUGUAACUAUCGUAGUAUUAAUGGGUCUUUUUGCCUUUGAGCCAAUUACGGAAGAAACAUAUGAAUGGAACGUUAAUUUCAAAUUUUAUUACGCGUUCUUGGCCAUGCACAUAGUUCUUCCACUGCUUUUGAUUAGUGCAUUUUACUACAAAAUAUACAAGAAGGCAGUGGAGAACCGACAACAACUCUUGUCACGCGGUCAGGUACAUCCCGGAACUGCCACUAGUUCUGAUACCGUCACGGAAACUAGACUUGAAGUUAAAAUGGCAAAAACUGUUGCCUUUGUGUUUAUGUUUCUGGUCAUUGUGUGGAUGCCAGUUUUAAUUUUGGAAAUUUUUUAUGCUAUCGGUAGUCAGUCCUGUGUUGUAGGACAACUUGGGGUUGUUAGUGUGUGGCUGACUUGUAGUAAUGGCGUUAUCAAUCCUAUAGUUUACUCUCUCAGGAACAAAGACUUCCACCGCUCCAUGUUGCAGUUGAUUCGAUGCAAAAGACCCAGGUCCGCCAGCGCUUACAGGCUACCACAUUAACCCCUUAACUCUCGUGAGUGACCAAGACAUGAUUUCUCCUUACAAAAUUAACACUACAUAAAAAAGAAAAGUUAUAAGACUAAAAAAAAAUUAUCAAUAAUUGGAAUAUUAGUUGAUCCAAUACCAAAUUCUCCAAAGUUACUUAUUACGAAUUGUAGGACAAACGGUAAGGAGAAUUGCUUUUGAGAUCUUUGGAGCGUAAGGGUUAAUAAUCCCAGUGCAAUUCAGAAAUACUUUUAGGAGUGUUUUUGUGGUUACAGUUAUUAUAUUGAGGUGCGUGGGAAGUUUCGGUAGAUUUCGUCAAUUGUAGCAAACAGCAGAAUUUAAUAAAACCUCAUUGGUCGCUUACUUUUA